AUGACUCUUCUCGCCGGUGUUCAACUCGAGAAACGUGACAAGACCAAGGUCGAUGCUUCUGAAGCCAUCUCUGGAAAGAUCGUCGGAUUCUACUUCUCGGCUCACUGGUGCCCACCAUGCCGUGCGUUCACCCCAAUCCUUAAGGAUUUCUAUGGAGAGGUCGACGAUGACUUGGAGAUCAUCUUCGUCUCGUUGGAUCGUAGCGAAAGUGAUUUGAAGAACUACAUGGAGGAGUGCCACGGAGAUUGGUACCAUAUUCCAUUCGGAUCUGAUACCAUCAAAGAACUCUCAACCAAGUACGGAGUUUCUGGAAUCCCAGCUCUCAUCAUCGUCAAGGAGGAUGGAACCACCAUCACCCAGGAUGGACGCAACGAUGUUCAAAACGGAAAGAGCCCAAAGGCCACCAUCGCCAAAUGGAAGGCUGCUUAA